ACACCGGGGAGAAGCCUUACCAGUGUGCCGUCUGCGGCAAGCGGUUCCGCGAGUCCUUCCACCUCAGCAAGCACCACGUGGUGCACACCCGCGAGCGGCCCUACAAGUGCGAGCUCUGCGGCAAAGCCUUCGGCUACCCCCAGAGCCUGACCCGGCACAAGCAGAUCCACCGGCUGCCGUUGCCCUGCGGGGCGGGGGGGGCGGGGGCCCCCCCCCCCGGGGCGCGAGAGCUACAGCUGCGGCGAAUGCGGCGAGCGUUUCCCCGACCUCUUCCGCGCCGUCAACCACAAGGAAGCCCACGCCGGGGAGAAACCCUACGGCUGCGACGCCUGCGGCAAAGCUUUCGGCUUCAUCGAGAACCUGAUGUGGCACAAGCUGGUUCACCAAGCCGCCCCCGAGCGGCUGCCGGGGGCCCGCCGGCCGAGAGCGGGCUGCAGCUGCCCGAGGAGCACCCGGUAGUGCCGAGCGGCGAGCGUUUCACCUGCGGCACCUGCGGGCAGAGCUUCAAGCAUUUCCUGGGGCUGGUGACCCACAAGUACGUCCACCUGGUGCGGCGGACGCUGGCCUGCGGCGUCUGCGGGCAGAGCUUCGCCGGCGCCUACGACCUGCUGCUGCACCGGCGCCGGCACCUGCAGAAACGCCAUUUCGGUUGUUCGGUUUGCGGGAAGCGGUUUUGGGAAGCGGCGCUGCUGAUGCGGCACCAACGCUGCCACACCGAGGAACGGCCUUACCGCUGCGCCGUCUGCGGCCGCGGUUUCCUGCGCUCCUGGUACCUGCGGCAGCACAAGGUGGUGCACACCGGCGAGCGCGCCUACAAGUGCGCCCUCUGCAACAAGCGCUUCGCCCAGUCCUCCAGCCUGGCCGAGCACCAACGCCUCCACGUCGUCGCCCGCCCCCAGCGUUGCCAAACCUGCGGCAAGACCUUCCGUUACCGUUCCAACCUCCUGGAGCACCGCCGCGUUCACCUGGGCGAGAAGGUUUACCGCUGCGAGCUUUGCGGCAAGAGCUUCUUCUACCUGUCCUCCAUCCUGCGGCACCAGCGCUCGCACCGCCCCCCCAGCCCGCGGCCCCCCCACCGCGACCUGCGCUGCUCCCCCUGCCUCAAGCUCUUCAAGGACCCCAAGGCAAACACCUGCAGACCCACCAGGGCGGGCGCCCCUUCAACCUUCAAACCU